CCUAGCCCUCGGGUCCUCCCGCCUCCCUGUCCUCUCCCCCGCGACACUGCCGCCGUCGAGGGUUGAAAGUGUGCUUCUUGGGAUGCCCAGGUCCCAAUCUGCUCUGGGCGCCUCCCUGCCUCGAGCGUGGAGCGGUCUCGCCUCUCUCCUCCUCUCCGGGGGGGCGGGCGUGGGCUCGUGCUGCUUCCAGCGCCUUCUCCUGCUUCCUGCUGCUGCCCACUCCCUCCGACCAGCGGGCAGCGCACGGCGGCGAGGCACGAGCGGUGCCGAGAAGGCCUGUGGCGCACGCUCCCUCAGGGGGGGGGCCGCGCCAAGGCCUGGAUGUGCGACUGUCUCGCGAAAGGGGACGUGCCACAGCUGGAGGUGAACUUCCGCCGGCAGGAGCAGUAUGGCGACGAGUUCGCCAUGGGACUUCUCAAGGAGGAGCCGCUCGCCGGCGACCAGGCGGCCUUCCCGGGGGCGAAGGAGGACGAGGCCUACGCCUUCGCGGGCGGGGCCUGGCCCCGUCGAGACUGCCCGGAGGUGGGGCCCCGGGCGCCCCCGGAGCUCCGGGAAGCAGCGCCAUCCCUGGAGGCCGAGGGCAGCCGGGAGGCGCCGCGGCCGCCGGAGGGAAGAGAGCGCUGCGGGCGGGAGGGGCCGCCCGACGCGGCGGCCGAGCCGCUGGCGCCGAGCGCGGAGCCGCCCAGCGCGGAGGGCGACGCGCGAGGCCGCACGCCCCAUGAUCUUCGGCGGGGUGGCGCGGCCACUUUCGGGCACGGAGGGGCGCCCCUGGCGGCGCCUCCAGCGCCGCCCUCGCGCGCCGGCGGGGUCUCAGUGCAGAUCCAAGAGGUCCGCGUGGACUUCGAUAGUUUCUGCUUGUGCAGUUUGCUUGCCGCUCGAGUCGUCUCCAGGUUGCCAGCAGUCUUCUCGGCGAACCUCUGGCUCUUCGGAGCGGUGAGCUGAUUCCUCGCCGCCUGGCCUGGAUGGUAAUGGUUGUUGUAGCAGUUCCCUUUGCAAGCACGACGAGGGAAAGGUCGGUCUUUCCACUGGCCAAGCCGCUCGGGCGCGCAGAGUACGCAGGAAUGAAGAAGUAAUUAUCCCCGAGCAGUGUUGACGCUCUUUGUGCGUCUAUCGCUUCAUGUAUUCAGCCCUCUCAUCCUCCCUCCUCCUCUCUGCUACUCCCUGUCUGAUCAUUGUCUCGUCCUUCGAAUUACACUUGCGUGUUUCUUACUGUC